AUGGUUCCACAUAAAACACCUCGUGGCGCUGCCGCCUUAGGCCGUCUCAAGAUCUUUGAGGGAAUACCACCCCCAUACGAUAAAAAAAAACGUAUGGUCGUACCUAAUGCCCUCAGAGUCUUGCGAUUGAAACCUGGUCGCAAAUACACGACCAUUUCCCGUCUUUCCAGAGAAGUCGGUUGGAAGUAUGAAGAGGUGGUCAAGAGAUUGGAGGAAAAACGCAAAGCCAAAAGUCAAGCGUUCUACGAGCGUAAGAAGGAAUUAGAAAAAGUUCGAAUUCGGGCUCUCAAAAAUAAGGAAGGUGAAUUGAAAAAUAUUCAACAAACCAUAUCCACAUUUGGUUAUUAA